UCAUACCGUACGUACAUGGCAUUACCAAGUGGAUCGUGACCGGUGGAUUUAAUCGGUCAAUGCUGUAAAAAUAAAACCAAAACGUGAGCUUUAAAAAAAUGUAGAAUCCAUUUUCUAAUUCAAAUUGACAGGCCAGCGUGUAAAUCCAAGUGAGCUGAACUUCACAGUCCUCUGAGGCGGAGGUGCUCAAAAGCACCAAGCAUGUAAUGAAAGGUAUCCUACUACAAGAACUAUAACCGCUGGAUCAUGGACGACCUGGAAAAUGAGCUUUGGCCUCUUGUACAGUUUGAUGAGCUCAAUGAUUCAUCAGAGAGCAAUGUGACCAAAAAAGAGAAAAAAUCAAAGCUUCCGUUGGCAGAUCCAUUCCCUCUUGAGACGGCAAAGGAAACAGGCUUUCACAGGACCACAAGGCUUUGCCUCGAGAGAAUCAGAGAAGCGAUGCUGCAUCACAGAUGGCAGGAGGCUGCAGAAUAUAUGGCGUGUUACCCCCAGCAGUUGGAGGACACAACUACUGUGCACGCAAAGCACUACAAAGAGAUGAUUUGGAGAAUCAGCAUUGAGCUCCUUCAUCAUCACCCCAACUCAAAGAUGGAUGACUAUAACAUCAUCUAUGAGCGGAUGAAACAUUCAGGAGUUAAACAUUACCUGAUGAUCUGUCUGGAGCAUUCCUUCCACCUGCUGCUCCAUGGCCAGAUCGAGAAUGCAAAGCGUCACCUCUCGAUCGCUGAAAGCUGGAGGUAUGGCAAAGAGUCGGCACGCCACUAUCAGAGGACUAAACUGAUCCAGGCCUACAGGAGUUUGCUGGAUUACAUUAUCUGGUGCGACAAGAAAAAUGCAUCCUCCGAGACCAAUUUUGCAGACCCUGGAAGCAUCCAAGACAUGCACAGUUACUUUAGACAGGCUUCAGUCAAUCUGAAGGAUAUUUUAAAACAUCCCGGUGUUUGGGAUCCCUUCAUACUGAGUUACGUCGAGAUGCUCGAAUACUAUGACGAUCAGGAGGAAGCAGAGACAGUCCUGGAAGACUAUGCGUAUGACAGCACGUUCUCUGCAAAUCCAAACGCGCAUGUCUAUCUGUACCGGUACUUGCAGAGACAUAACGCGUCAGUGAGUAAAUUGAUGAACGUUUUAAAGGUCCUCCAUUCUUUAGUUCCAAGCCAUGAGCUGAUGUUGGACUAUAGUUCCUUUCUGCUUUUCUCAGAGCAAACGGAAGACAUCAAAACGGCUCUUGGAGUUGUCCUUGAUAUGCUCGACUUUGCCUGUUGGAGGACAAGCAUGGACGCGUGGAAGUGUUUAAAAGACAUCGUUGACAAAUUACAGUUAGAUGACGACUGGAAGGAGGUUGUUGCAGAGAAGAUGGCGGCAAGAAAAGAGUGGUGGCCCGCACUGCACUUUACAAGGUUCCAUGCUUCCGAGGAUGCCGUACAAAGACCCCAACUGAUGGAGGUGAAGGCAUCGCUCGCCAAGAUCCUCUGUCCAGAAAUGAAGCUCACAUACCCUGCUGGAAGCAAGAAGCGGUAGUACCUUCUCUUUCCACCAGGGGUCGUUCUUGCACCGUAUCUUUGCUUGAAUAGGCUGCUGAUAUGACCACCUUUUCUGGACAGAAAGCACAUUUAGCUCUGAGCCAGCCCUCAUGGGUAUUUUAUGGGUUUUGUAGCAUUUGCUUGGAAGUCUUCCUCUGUCCUCGGCUGACUUUUGCCGCACUACUGCCACAAGUCGGCGUGUACACACUCAAUAAUACACACUGCCUCUGUUCGCUCUGUUGUCAUGAGAGAUGACUCAAGCAGCGCAGACCUCACAACCGCCCAGUGUGCUUUAAUUUGGACAAGUAUGAUAGAUUGUUGACAGUUAGUAACAAUAGCUGUCAUAAACAACGCGCUUUGAAAUUGUGGUUAGGUGGCAGAGUAUCAACGCUAAUAUUUUAGCGCACACAAUAAAUUGCGGUAUCUCCUAGGCUUGAAUUUGUCUUUUUUUUUUUGUAUCUCAUUGUAUCGCAACAUCAGUCACGGCUCACCCAGCAUUUUGUUUACUCCUCUGAGUCCUUUGCACCAAACCGUGAAAUAAAAUCUGCAUGGCGCAGCAUGCCAAUUUAAUAAAUGAAAGUGUUUUGUAA